AGGAAGAGAGAACGGGAGAGCCAGAGUUGGAGAGAAAGAAGGGGGAAAAAAGAAGCUCCACUCGGGUUUGCCAGUGGUCGUGCACAGUCUUCCAACAUUUACUCGGUCCUCUUGUUUUUGUUUUUUUUUCCUCCUUUUCUUCUUCUUCUUCUUCUUCUUCUCCUCCGUCCGCACCCCCCUUGUCAGCUCUUCUCUCUCUCUCUCUGUGACUCUUUUGCAGAUCAGAAUACAACCAGUACCAUGUGCAGUUUUGCCAACCAAUCUCUUUUUGUUGUUGUUUUUCAUCGAAAUAUUUUUCUCUCCACGUCUUUGUGAACAAAGAAGAAUGUUUUGAUUUUUGAUCCUUUUUUUUUCUGCCUCAUGUAUUUUAAUUUAAUUUUUACACAUCAGUCUGUAUUUGAUUUUAAUGGCUGACAUAGAGAGCUUGCUAAACUUUUCUGCACUCUCCUUCUGAUGUGCUCUUGAGCAGCACCUUUUCCGCUCUUUACUCUUGCUCCAGUACCUCUUGUGUUCCUGUGCUGGUAUUGCACUGUGCCUCUUUUUUGGCCUGUCUCCUCUUUCUCAGAUUUUCCCCCCUGCUGCUUUUAUUGGACAGUUUCUCAGCUUCUGUUUUUGCUUUUUUUUUUCUUCCUCAGUCUUUUGUUUUGUAAUAUUCACAGCAAUACUCCAGCGCUCAACAAUCCAGUCACUGCACUGGUUCUGGUUCCGCAUUUUAAGUUUACCCACAAUCGAUGGAGUGAAUUUAUGAUGAAAGAGCGAAAUGGAUGAAUUCCACCCCUUCAUCGAGGCCCUUCUGCCCCACGUCCGCGCCUUCGCCUACACCUGGUUCAACCUGCAGGCCCGCAAGCGCAAGUACUUCAAGAAGCACGAGAAGCGCAUGUCCAAAGAGGAAGAGCGUGCGGUGAAAGAUGAGCUACUCGGGGAGAAGCCAGAGAUUAAGCAGAAGUGGGCCUCGCGCCUGCUGGCCAAGCUCCGCAAGGACAUCCGGCCCGAGUUCCGCGAGGACUUUGUGCUCACCAUCACAGGCAAAAAGCCCCCCUGCUGCGUGCUGUCCAACCCUGACCAGAAGGGCAAGAUUCGUCGCAUCGACUGCCUGCGCCAGGCCGACAAGGUGUGGCGGCUGGACCUGGUGAUGGUCAUCCUGUUCAAGGGCAGUCCCCUAGAGAGCACGGACGGAGAGCGGCUCGUCAAAUCCCCACAGUGCACCAACCCUGGCCUGUGUGUCCAGCCACACCACAUCGGAGUGUCUGUCAAGGAGCUGGACCUUUACCUUGCCUACUUUGUCCACACGCCAGAAUCUGGACAAUCAGACAGCUCCAGCCAACAGGGAGACACAGACAUCAAACCACCACCCAAUGGACACCUGAGUUUCCAGGACUGCUUCGUCACCUCAGGAGUGUGGAAUGUGGCAGAGCUAGUCAGAGUGUCACAGACUCCUGUAGCCACGGCAUCAGGGCCCAACUUCUCACUGGCUGAGCUGGACAGCAGUCCCAGCUACUACAACAUUAACCAAGUGGCUCUGGGACGGCGCUCACUCACCUCCCCUCCUUCCACCAGGUCUGAGGUGGAGUUGUACGCAAAUCUUCCACGGAGCUCCACCAAGAGGAAGUCCUUAGAUGACAGUGAGUUGGAGAGUCCAACGGAUGAUGUUUUUUAUCCUGGCCGUUCACCUGCUGCCAGCUCUUCCCAGUCCAGUGCGUGGCCUAAUGACAUGGAUGCAGUGCAGCACCAUUUGGCGAGUGUGCAGGAGAGGAAGAUAAAACAUGAAAACGAUGGCGUGCAGUUUCCUUACCAUGGACUGUCCUCGCCUGGUUCACUUAAGAAGCCGGGGAAGUUUGAUUUCAACGCCCUGACUUCCCAGACGAGGUCCCCCCGCAUGGCGUUCACACACCACCCGCUGCCUGUGCUGGCAGGAGUGAGACCAGGGAGCCCUCGUGCCUCAGCUUCAGCCCUGCACUUCCCUUCCUCCUCUAUCAUCCAGCAGUCCAGCCCAUACUUCACCCAUCCUACCAUACGCUACCAUCACCAGGACCCACUUAAGGAUUUUGUGCAGUUUGUGUGCACGGAUGGCACAGGACAGCCCAGUGCACAGCCAAAUGGAGGUGGCCAGAGCAAAAUGCCGGGCUCCUUCCUGCUGCCCCCGCCACCCCCGGUGGCGCGCCCUGUGCCCCUCCCUAUGCCCGACUCUAAAACCAUCAGCACGCCCACUGACGGUGGACUCAGCUCACCCGCAUCGCCGUCAUACUCCACGCCAGGCUCCACAGCUCCCAACCGGUUUGUCGGCAUCGGAACACGGGACAACUUUCUGAAUAUCCCCCAGCAGACUCAGUCCUGGUUCCUCUGACAAGGCCUCUCUGAAGCAACAGCUAAAUGUGUGUCAUGAAAAUUGGAAAUCUGAAAAACAAAAACGCAUCACCUCUGAUAAAGAACAAACUGCUGACACUAAAAAGGUCUUUCUCGCCAAACACUAUUGAAAGUACUACUACAGAAAAUGGAAAAACCCCACAGCGCCCCAAGAGGACUCCCACUCCAACACGAUUCGAAUAGGACUGUUUGUUCCCUUUUCAUGGAGGAGGCUCCAAUGAGAUUGAACGGACAGACUCAGAAUGCAGGGAAGAGGAGGAACUGUCUCACAAACACUUUGAAAUGGCAGAAAGGAAACAUAAUGUAAAAACCUGACAAAUGACCAAUUUAACAUUUGUUUAUCUUUCUUUUAUAUACAUAUAUUAUAUAUUUCUUUUACAUUUUGUUGUCUCCACAAUGAAACUCCAUGCAUUGGCUGGGAGAUCCAAACAAAAAUGAGCGUAACGACAAAUGGCGGAGUCAGAUGUGCAAGUUGAAAAGAUCACUACCCACAUUUCAUACGUGCAUAUCCGUGAAUUUUAUUCUGCACAUCUCUUCACCAGCGUCACGGUCCCACUUUCCACCCACUGCCCCACAUACCGCCAUCACAGCUGGAGCUCAAGAGUUAACCACAGCCUCAUACCUCUGUGUCAGCACACUCUGCCGCUCCACUCACUCAGCCCUGAGCCCCUUUCAUUUCCGAUUGGCCAAUCAUGGUGACACCAUCUGAUGGUGUGACAUAUAUGCACUAAGUGGCUGGUCUUUGUUUACCUGUCGAAGAAUCAGGGCGUCCUGCUAGUAGAAGAAGUGAAAGCCAUGAGGCGAGUGCAAGAAAGUGAACACACGACAGACAGUCAUAACACUAACUCUACAUGUGCUCUUUCGUCCCCUCACCUAUGCACUAUUAAUUCAUUUUUAAUAAGGGAUGAAUCAUGUUGCACAUCCGUGGUCAGAUGAGUGAUUGGAGGAGAGGACUGAGGUUGACUGUCACCGUAGGGAUGAAGCUGUGUUAACGUCUUGGCCCCUAAACAUGACACAUUCUCAGUCACAAGCAUGCAUACAAUCACCCUAUUAUCCCUCAACAGCAGUGCGCGCACAGCAUCAGCUUCAGUUUAUUAGCUUUAAUUUUGUUUUUCUUGCAAUUUCUUUCAGAUUUGGUUUUGGGUUUGUAUCACCUGGAUUGUUUUGCACCUUCUCUUGCAUGUCAUGCCAUCAUGCGUUUCUGUAGUUUGCAGUUAUUCAAUAAGUAGGAAAUUCAGACUUUAGCAGCAGUUUCUCAAACUUCUCACAAAUAGACAGCACAGUGGCAACAGCUCAUCACAUGCAUCCCUUGCAUUGCUUCAUGCUGUAUCCCAGUCACAUGAACAUCCAGAAAACAUACACACCCCUGCCCACCCCCACACACACACGUAUACAUACACAUAUACAAAAUGCACACUAAAACCACCGGCAACCUGAAUAAAAGGGAAGCCUUUUAAACUUGGUUCUCCAAACCGCCUUUGUUAAUGGUUUUUCAUUCAUUUAAAGGUUGUCUUUUUAAUUUGAACUAUUUUUAUGUAAAUGUUCACAUUAGAAUCGCUGUUAUUUUCAUCAUGACACAAUCCAACUCACAAAAGCUGACCUCACAAAAUAACUGGACUGCCGGGCUAUUCGUUCUGUUUUGCAGGGAUAGUAAACUGGGCUGUGAGAGGACUGGGUCUCUAUAGAAACAUUAGCUCUAUGUACAGCAAGUCUACGACAAUAUAUGGAAGUGCCUCUGUAUUCCCUCCAUGCAAUUAGUAAUUAACUUGACUUCAGGUUCUAUUCCCGUAUAUAAGCUAAGGCUACAGGGAACGUUGGUGUUGGUGCAUGUGGAAAUCUUUGGCCCAGGACGGAUGUUCAUAGAGGACUGCAACCAUUUUUUUUUAUUUCUUAUAAAGACAGAGAGAUAAUAUACAUAUAUAUUUAUGAUGAAUGCUUCUUUUCCACUUUUACUCCUCAAGCUUGUUGGCAGUCUAGUUAUUUUCUGAACUCUUACCCCCCCACACACAAUCCGUUUCAGUAAGAUCACCUUGCUGUUUCGAAUCAAAACGACACACACCAUCGCCAUCUGCAUUAUAAUACCUAGAUGAUCAUGUUAAAAAAAAAGAAUCGACCGUAGGUUUGAAGAAAAGUGUUUGUUUUUGAUGGAAAGUAUUAUUAUUGAAAAUAAUGUGUCGAUUGAGCCACGUGCAAUGCAUUGGGUAGAUCAUUGUGUUUGUCUGUUAGAGAUUUUUAAGAAAGCUACGAGAAAAGAGAAAAAAAAAAUUGUAUUUGUUUCAAGUCCGUAAGCUCCAGGACUCUAAACUAGAGGGCCAUGAAAAAUCCUAGUCUUUGUAAGUCGGGGGUAUUUGUUUUUAUUUCUUUUGUCUCUUUUUUAAAAAUGUUUUAUGUGUAAUCAUUUGUUUAUAAAAAUGUGGGAGGGCUGAAGGAAAAAAAAUAAUCUACACAGCUUCAAAACAGAAUCUAUCAAAUGAAAACUGGUGCUUUAACACUAUAAAUCCAGAUUCCUUUUCAGAACUAUUAUAAAUGAACAAAAAUAACAGACCAUUUAGGAAGCAGCAUUAUUCCUCUCUCUUUGUAUUCUUCUCUUUGUAUCUAGUAUGGGGAGACGUUCCUGUUCCUUAAGGUUGUGACACAAAAGGCAUUCUGGUUCAACCUUUCGAAAGAAGCAAACCCUAAACAGAAAACUUAGCCAUGCACUGCCUGAAACUCACCAGCAAAAGCGAAACAACCCUCCCAGUUUCAUUCUUUUUCUUUUUUUUCCACACAAAACAUUGGCAUAAACAGCUGAAAUUAUUCUCUUCCUCCUGAUGCUUCACAUCCAUAAUCCUCAUUUUUUUCAACCUUUUCGUGAAUCCAGAGUUGGAAUUGGAGUUCUGGUGCUGAUGUGGAUACUGAACGUCUGUACAGAAAACAUAAUGAGAAAGGGGGCAUAAUAGCAUCUAAUCAGGCAGAAAUAAGAGGUCUGAGCCAUUUAUAUAGCAGUCAGCAAGGUGAGCCUCUCCCCCUUCCUUUCCACUCCCUCCUUUGUAAAUGAUGACUCUUAUAGUGCUUGUGCCGUAGUGUAUAGUUUCCCAGCUGUAAAGGUUGUCCCUUGAAAGUGCCUUUUGUUCACAGACUCCAUUUUGUAAUUCAAAAUGCCCCUUUUUUUGUUUUGUUUUUUGGAAAUGGCUUUAGGUUGCAGGUUGCCCCUGAGUGUCACAAGGCAGCAAAAGGUUGCUGCCCAAUCAGCGCUCAGGGAUAGCUCCUUCCUCUGGCUGUAAAAUGAAUCCCCUCUUCAAUGUUCCUCCCCUUUAUCCUUACUUAAUUUUCAAAGCUGUGUAUCUAUAUGUUUAUAAUAUAUAUAUAGAUAUGCGCCUUUGUAAAGUACAAAAGAAAACUGGUGUGAAUUAGUUCUUUACUUUUUAUUGAUAAAUGAUGAAAAAAAAAAUUCAAAUAGGCAAAAAAAAAAAACAAACUUGUUCUUGUUCAACUCUUGCUUUUGUUUUCUUUUCUUCUGUCUCCACUGUCUGUUUUCGCUUAGGCACUGGAGUAGUCUGUAACUGUGUCCGUCACUCUCCGUCUCUCUCGCGCGCGCUCUGUCCCGCCCUCUCCGCUGUGGCGAGGGUAAAAAUAGAAGAAAAAAAAAAACGAGAAAAAAAUAUUUGCAGAGGAACUUUUUGUCUGAGCAGAAUGCAGUUAGCUCACAUGUUAUUCUUGUCUGUAUGCUUCACAUUGUAUUACCAUACCCAUCUUCUUCAGCUUCUCCAUUCAGCAGCUAAUGUAAGUGAACAAAUUACACUAAUGGGCUGUUGGGGGUGUCCUUAGGUGGGUUCAGGAGGUACGGCAGAGUUUAAGGGUGUGUGUGCAAGAGAAGAGAGAGGCUUACAAAGAAGACUGAUGGGGUCGACAGGGCUGAAUGAACUGCUAUGGCGAGGUUGGUAAGGGGCUGCUCAGGCUAGGAUAAGAGUUUGAUCUUUUCUUUUGGCUAUUUAUAUUAUGGCUUUGUUCUGUACCCCCUUUUUGUUCCCUUUUAAUUAGGAAUUCUUUUUCAUAUUUGCUAUCAGGGUAUGCUGUCAUUUAGGCUUCCUAUGAGGAAGCUUCGACCUGUAAAAUUAAAGCUACAAGCACCUUAUAACCGGAAAUGUCCCACAUGAGGCUGAAAGGGGUGGUUUUAUUUCCUUGGUUAAAAUCUCAUAUCAAUUCUAACCAAACUUUUCAAAGAAAGGUAUCGUUGUUUACGGCAGGUUCCACACUGUGAAACCCUCAGCAGUAUUAGCCACCUACCACGCAACAACCAGAUCGCUAAAGACGCCACCAAGAACCUGAUCUCUCUGCUUUGAGAGGAUUCAGGAAGUCCCUCCCCGUUUCACCUCUGCCCACCUCAUGCCGGACUGCUCCGUCUCUUUGUUUUGUUGUUUAUUUUGGUCUUCUGAUCUUCUUAAUGUGUAUGGUUACUGGUGAAAUAGGCAGCCCUCCACCCCCAUCUCCAGUGCCCCCCUAACCCCUGAUCCCUUGAUCCCCAGCUCUUCUGCACCCCUGUUAGUAUCCUCAGUGCAGCCCCACUUCUUUGUAAGAACACCCCCAGAGCUCUAGGUGAAAUGCAUGUGUUAAUUACAGUUUCUUUUCCAUAAGAAGAAAAACACAGUUUGAGAAGAGCAGUACCUGAUUGAAUAAAAAGGAUGUUCUUGACUGUA